UAGAAAUGUUAGGGAGAUAUUGUUCGGCAAAACAUCUGUCCCUGUUUCCGUAACGCGGCGGCAAUUUGUUCUUCAUCUCCACCGCAAAAAAAGCUAGGCUAGCUAGGGCACUCAAAUUUCUCAGGUCUGAUAGGUAGGCAAAGAGUUUAGUCUGAAAAUUAUGGAUUACGGUGUUGCCGAACAAAACGACGUCGCUUAUUACGGCGGCGACACGGGGGAAGGUGAUCUUCAGUAUGACGAAGAAAACCGACAAGAGCUGUUUUCAAGAAGCGGUGGCGGUGGCGGAGGAGAUUUAGAACCGCCCAUUCGUAACCUAGACGGUAGUAGCGCAGGCCACGAAUUAAAGCAUUCAAUCGAUGAUUCUUCUCCUUCGGCAGGAAAGCUAUUUGUUGGAGGCAUUGCUUGGGAGACAUCUGAAGAAUGUUUUAACAGGUAUUUCAGCAAGUACGGAGAUGUAAUUGAUUCUGUAAUAAUGAUGGAUAAGGUCUCUGGACGACCACGAGGUUUUGGAUUCGUUACAUUUGCUGAUCCAGAAGUUGCAAAUCAGGUGUUACAGGAAGAACACGUAAUUGAUGGCAGAGUGGUGGAAGUGAAGAGGACAGUACCAAGGGAGGACACUCCAUUCAGAAGAGUGUCAAAAACAAAGAAAAUAUUUGUUGGUGGUAUUCCACCAACUCUUACUGAAGAUGAAAUGAAGGAAUACUUCUCUUCCUAUGGAAGUGUUGUGGAGCAUCAAAUUAUGCUGGAUCACAACACUGGUCGGUCCCGAGGCUUUGGCUUUGUAACUUUUGAGAGUGAAGAUGCUGUUCAGAAGGUUCUAUCUGAUGGCCGCAUGCACGAACUUAAUGGAAAACAAGUUGAAAUUAAGAGGGCUGAACCAAAGCGAGCUGGUGGAGAUCGUGCAAGUGAAAGCAGGAUGCAUCGUGGCAACAGUAACAUGCACUCAUAUGGCAAUGUGAACGGUGAUGCAGAGGAUUUUGGCGGUGGAUAUGGCGGGAAAAUGCGCAAGGGAUAUGGUGGUGGUUAUGAUGGAUACGGCAACUAUGGUCCUUAUGGAAACUACGCUGGGAAUUACGGAAUGGGUUCUGCAGGAUUCUACGGUGGAUAUGGCGGGUAUGGUUAUGGAUAUGGAUUUGGUGGAUCCAUGUACGGUGCUGCUGCUGCUGCUGGAUACAGUGGCAACAGCUAUGUAAUUCCUGGUAAUUAUGGUGGUUCGAGUGGGUACGCUGCUGCAGGUGCUGGUAAAGGAUACGCCAAUACAGGGCACGGUGGUGCAAAAGGCUAUGGCAGCGUAGGCGGUGACGGUGAAUACGAUGGGGGCGAAGUCCACGGAAGCAGCGGUAAUGACACUGCAUACGGCGGUGCCAAAGGUUACGGGGGCAAUGUUUACGGAAACGAGGGUGCAGCUGCCGGAAGGUUCCAUCCUUACCGGAAGUGAGACCGACCAUCUGUUGGCUACGUGUUUUAAGCCUUUGUUUAAAAAAUUUUAAUGUGGGGGGUUUAUAUGAUUUUGAUUGAGACGAGUUCCAUAUUUGGUUUUGCCUAACCUCUUCAGGAUGUAUUAUUAGUGUCAUGAUUUUGGGUGAGUGCAGCAAUUGUACCGUCCUAGAAUAUGUUUUAAGUUGCCAUUUGUGGAUUGCAUAAUACACUCCCUUUUUUCCUCUUGGCAGCCCUUCUAGUUAUUUUGAUAUGAGAUUGCAGUGUUUUAGAUAGUGUAGGGUUUCUUUUUUGGGAUUCAAAUGAUGUAUUUACAUCCGACAUUUUGUCUUGUAUCAUAUUUUGUUCCUUAUCUGUGUCAUUUUACUUAAA